AUGGCGAGCUCGACGGCGGCGCCGAUUGCCAACGGGCGGGCAGCCAAGCUUCAUGGCCGAGCCUUUUACGAGAGCAUUGGCAGCCCCAAGUACAUUGUAGCGCCGAUGGUGGACCAGUCCGAGUUUGCCUGGCGCAUGCUGGUGCGGUCGUUCUUGGCGCCGGAGAAGCGGUCAUCGGUGCUGGCGUACUCGCCGAUGCUGCAUGCGCGGCUCUUUGUCGACAGCCAGCGGUACCGGGAGUCGCACUUUGAGGCGAUGCGGAGCGGCGUGGACGGAGCGGAAGGGAUAGCAGCAGCGGCAGCGACGCCGCACCUGGACGGCAACCCGGCGGUGGACCGGCCGCUGUUUGUGCAGUUCUGUGCCAACGACCCGACGGCGCUGCUGGCGGCGGCGCGGCUGGUGGCGCCGCACUGCGACGCCGUGGACCUCAAUCUAGGCUGUCCGCAAGGAAUCGCGCGCAAGGGCCGAUACGGAGCCUUUCUGCAGGAGGACCGCGAGCUGAUCGUACGGCUGAUCCGGGCGCUGCACGAGGGCCUCGACGUGCCGGUGACGGCCAAGAUCCGCAUCCUCGACACGCGCGAGGCCACGCUGCAGUACGCGCAGGCGGUGUUGGCAGCCGGCGCCAGCAUCCUGACCGUUCACGGCCGGCGACGCGAUCAGAAAGGUCACCUGACCGGCAUUGCCGAUUGGGCCACGCUGCGGUUCCUGCGCGACAGCCUGCCGCCCGAGACGGUGCUGUUUGCCAACGGGAACGUGCUGCAGCCGCGCGACCUGCAGCGGUGUCUGGAUGCGACCGGGUUCGACGGCGUGAUGAGUGCCGAGGGGCUGCUCUCGGACCCAGGACUGUUUGGGAGUGAGCCGGCUGGCGAUGCAGACGAUGCUGCAGAAACAGACACAGCCACAUUCACAGCCACAGCUUGGUGGCCUACGCCCGAUGUUCAGCGCGAGUACUGGACGAGUCGUGAUGGCCAGCGCGGUGGCUGGCGCGUGGACGCGGUGAUGCGUCGCUAUCUGGACCUGCUUCACGUGUAUGCGCUGGACGAGACGGUGCCGCCCCAACGCCGGCCGCUCUUUUUGCCGGGCGACGAGCCGCUACCAGCGGAAGAGGAGACGAAAGCGAACCCGAGCACGAGCGAGGCCACGGACGAGACCGGCGAUGCCGCCGAGCCGCGACGCAAGAAGCGCAAGCGGGACGAGAUGCAGCCGUCGUCUUCGUCGUCGGCAGCGGCGGCGGUCUUCUCGUCGCCCAACUUUGUCGCCGCACAGGCACAUCUGUUCCACCUGCUGCGCCAUGCUGUCGGCCGUCACCACGACGUGCGCGAUGCGCUGGCCCGCUCUCGCAAGGGCGACAUGGCCACCUACGAACGCAUCCUGGCCAUGCUGGAACACCGCGUGGCUGCCGCGCUGACCGCCGAGGCCGCCGACAUCACCGGCUCCUCCGAUGAGGCCCGCCAGGCCGAACAGGAUCGCGUGCUCGCCGAGGCCAACGGCGAGGACGACAAAUGCCCGCGCGACGACCCCGACUCGUCUGCUGCUGCCCUCCGUCGCUGUCGCCGGCCCUGGUGGGUCGUACAGCCGGUGCUGCGACCUAUGCCGGCCGAGGCGCUCGCCAAGGGCGCCAUCCAGCUCAAGAAAAAGGACAGGAAAGGAGACAUAGAAAAGGUCACGUGA